GAAUAUAAGGUAGCAACCUUAUUAUGAAUUAUGGAAAUGAGCGAACCUUCUCUCGCUCUCUCUCCGAACUGGGACCGAGCCACGAAGCCGUCCAUGUGUUCUUAUCUGCCCCCUUGAUUUAUCUCCAUUAAUUUCUUCACUUAGUAGGAUCUUCUUUUACAGGAUUUAGGUUUCUCUACUUGUUUCCUCGUUUUUCUUGAGCUUUCUGGUCUCGGAAAUGGUUUUUUGUAUUUACAGGGAAAGGAAGGCCAAGCCUGAGCAGUAGGCAUGGGUUUUGAAGGAUUGUUCGAUUGAGAAAGUAAAGUGGGUUUCGUUUUAAAAGUGCAGAGAUCGUGAGAGAGAGAGAUGGAUCCAACUGCUAAGACACCCAAGGUUAUUAAUCGUGGUAUUGAUGAGAUAUGGCAAAGGCAAUUCGGCAUGGUUAGACCACGCGCCUUUGCGCAGAGGAUCGCUGGUUUCGAGGAACUUGUGCUGAGGCUUGACCAGUAUGCCAAGCUGGAGAUGCACCAAGGCUGCGUAAACACAGUUCAUUUCAAUUCAUCUGGUGACCUUCUUGUGUCAGGAUCGGAUGACAGAUUAGUUAUUCUGUGGGACUGGGACUCUCAGUGUGUCAAGCUCUCCUUCCACUCAGGGCACACAAACAAUGUCUUUCAAGCAAGGAUCAUGCCCUUCUCUGAUGAUCGGAGCAUUGUCACUUGUGCGGCAGAUGGGCAGGUGAGGUAUGCUAAGAUCUUAGAAGGAGGUCAAGUUGAUACCGUGAAGCUUGCCAGACAUGGUGGGCGUGCUUAUAAGCUGGCCAUUGAACGUGGAAGCCCUCACAUAUUCUAUAGUUGUGGAGAAGAUGGGCUGGUUCAGCACUUUGACUUGAGAACGCGCAUGCCCACGAAGCUCUUCACUUGCACCUCCUUUCAUGACUCUCAUAUUGUCUACCUAAAUGCAAUCACCAUAGACCCACAGAACCCUAAUCUCUUUGCCAUCGGUGGUUCAGAUGAAUAUGCUCGACUCUAUGAUAUCAGAAAGUGUAAAUGGGAUGGAUCUUCUGAUAAUGGCCACUCCACUGACUCCUUCUGUCCACCUCAUCUCAUUGGAAAGGGCCAUGUCAAUAUAACCGGACUGGCCUUCUCAAAUCAGAGUGAGCUGCUUGUUUCAUACAACAAUGAGCUUAUCUAUCUCUUCCCAAAAGAACUAGGGUUAGGGCCUGAACCAGGCUCUGCAUCUUCAUCAUCAAUGGACAAGAAGAACGGACCACAGGUCUAUAAGGGCCAUCAUAAUACUGAUACAGUAAAGGGUGUGAACUUCUUUGGACCCAAUUGUGAGUAUGUGGUGAGUGGGUCAGAUUGUGGUCGUAUUUUUAUAUGGAAGAAGAAGAGUGGAAAGCUUGUACGAUUGAUGCAUGGGGAUAAGCAUGUCGUGAAUUGCAUAGAGCCACACCCUCAUGCUACUGUGCUAGCGAGCAGUGGCCUUGAGAACAAUGUAAAGAUAUGGACGCCAAGGGCAACUGCACCCUUCUCUCUACCUGAGAAUCUCGAAGAGCUAUUGAAUGGCAGGGAAUCGCUCGCUCACUUUGCCACCCUUCGCGAAAUUAUAAUGCAUAUAUUCCCAUCAUCAGAGAGGGGCACGUCAAGAUCACGAAGGAGAGCAAGAGGAGGAGAAGGAGACGGAGAAGGAGAAGACGAUGAAGAGGAAGAAGCGGUCGGUGAAGCUGAACUUGAGCAAUACAUUAUAGGCUUUGCAGAUAGAGAUGCUUCAGACGAUGACAACGGCGGCAACGAUGAUGGUGACGAGCACCCUGGUGACUGUAGAGUUUCCUGAUUACAUUUGCAUUUUGUUAUUGAGCAGUAUGAGACCCUAUAUGUACCCAAGACAAUUUCAAAUAAACACCCAUCAUUUGUAAAUAAGCUUCCCUCUUUCUCAUAUUUCUGACUCAGCGUAUGUAUUUUUCUCUCCCUCAUUUCUGUAUAAGCAACCCACCCCCCACCCACCAACAAAAAAGACGACCCCUCUCUCGCUCUCACACACACACACACUGAAUAGGUCCAUCUCUUUCCCUUCCAUCUCUCUCUCUCCUGGCCUUUGGGUUUUCAAUUCGGCUCCUGAUUAAACAUGGGUUUGUUAGAGUAAGAGCUUUCUGCUAUUUUCUUGACAGGCGAAAUGGAUCCUCCUUCCUUGACUCUUAUGAAUACUCUCAGUUGUUGCAGAGUUGCAGAGACAUAGAAAGCCUCAAAGCGGUCCAUGCCCAAGUUGUUACAGCUGGUUAUCAGAACAACAUGUAUCUCGCAGCCAAAUUGAUCGAAAUAUACAGAGUUUUCAGUGGCUUCAUGGAAGACGGGCAAGGUUUUCAAUAAUACGACAGAGAGAGAUUCUCAGUUAUAUAACGUAUUGAUACGAGGCUAUACAACCCAUGGUUCAUAUAUGGAAGACAUUAGAGCCUAAGAUGAGAUGCAAAUGCAAGGGUUGAAGUCAAACCAUUUCAGUUUCCCAUUUGUGCUCAAGGCCUGCUCAGCCAUGGGAGAUUUGGAGAAAGGCAAGGAAAUUCACAGAGAUGCCAUGAUGGCUGGCAUGGAUGAUCAUACAUAUGUAUGCAAUUGGCUUAGAGCCAUGUAUGCAAGGUGUGGGGGCCUAACAGAUGCUCGUCAAGUCUUUGAUGAAAUGCCUGAAAGAGAUGUUAUUAGUUGGAACUCCAUGAUUGCAGGGUAUAGCCAAAAUGACCGCCCGAAAGAGGCAUUGGAGCUCUUUCAUGGCAUGUUACUUGGAUUUAGAGUGGGGCUUGAUGGGGUAACCUUAGUGGCCAUUCUCCCUUCUUUGAGCCAAUUAUCAGCCUUAGGUCAUGGAAGGUGGGCUCAUUGCUAGGCAAUAAAGAAUGGCUUCGUGGUUGAUGUGGUCUUAGGCACUGCACUGGUAAACAUGUCUGCCAAAUGUGGUAGAUAAAGUGUCGCUCGAUUAGUGUUUGAUCACAUGCCUCAAAGAAAUGUAUUUUCUUGGAAUGCAUUAAUAGGAGUUUACGGUGUGUAUGGGCUUGUGUCCGAUGCAUUAGAGACACUCUCUCUCAUGCUUAAGGCCAACAUAAGCCCCAACGCUAUUACUUUUGUUUAUGUGUUGUUGGCCUGUGCGCAUGUAGGCCUGGUCGACGUGGCUCGACAGUGGUUUCAGGCCAUGCGUGAUGACCACUCGCUCGAGCCAUCGGGGGAGCACUAUGCGUGCAUGGUCGAUGCAUUGGGGCGUGCUGGCUUGCUUGAUGAGGCGAUGACUCUCAUCAAUAGCAUGCCCUUUGAGCCGGGGGCCGAUGUUUGGGGCUCAUUGCUUGGUGCUUGUCGUAUACACAAAGACGUAAGCCUCGCAGAGAGAGCGGCAGAGCGUGUUUUCAUGCUUGACCCAUUGAAUGAAGGCUGAUAUGUUCUCGUAGCAAAUAUGAGCAGCUUCAGGGAUGUGGGAUGAGGUGGCUAGAGUGAGGACUUUGAUGAAAGAGAGAGGAGUUAGGAAGCUUCUAGGGUCCAGCUCGAUCGAAGUGGGACAUAGGGUCCAUACAGUUGGAGCCGGAGAUGAGUCCCACCCUUUCUCUAACAAAAUUUACGAGAAGUUGACAUGGUUAGAGGGGGAGCUUAGGGGCAUGGGUUAUGAGCCAGACGUGAACUCAGUAUUGCAUGAUGUGGGUGAGGAGAAGGGGGAGAUGGUGGCUAGGCAUACCUUUGGCCUUUUCUACACGAGCCUUGGCUCGACGAUAAGGGUCACCAAGAACCUUAGGGCGUGUGUUGAUUGUCAUAGUGUGACAAAGAUGAUAUCCAAGCUAGUGGGGCGCGAGAUUGUGGUUAGAGAUGCGAACCGCUUCCAUCACUUCAAAGGUGGGGCGUGCUCGUGUGGCGAUUAUUGGUGAGGGUUAUGUAUUGCGGGGUCCUGGUUUGUGUUAAAUGUUGGGCAUGACUGGAGACAGGCUCCCGUUAUAGAUGAUCGGGUAGGCCUGUUGCAAUAUAUAGGACAUGGGCGUUAGCUUGUUGGAAUGGACGAGGAAUUUCGGUUGCUAGAAUGGAUGGUGUGGGUGUGACGUGAGACGUGGCUCGUUGCAUUGUAGGGCCCAAAUUCGAAGCGUGGCAUUGCCUUGGGGAAAAUCCGAACUGUUGAUUUGGAGACUUAGACUGGCCUUCUGAAUUCUGAUAAGAAUUUGUUACAAGAGGGAUGCAAGAGCAGAGGGCCAAAUAAAUUUACCUUUCCAAAAUAAAUUAAAGAAGGAAUCCAUAGAAAAGGAAAAUGAUAGCAUGAAAAAAA